CACUCGCAGCCCCCUCGUUUACGGGCUUUCCAGCUCCACUGCUGUGCACCGGAGGCUGUGCACCGCAGCUGUCAGGAUCCUAAUCCCUCCUGCGAGGACUCGCUGCCAGCGUGUACAGUAGUAAACUGCAGGCAUGCUUCGGGCUGACCUUUCCAGCACCCUCUGAGGUCUCUCCAGCAAAACAAAAGUUGUGAAUGACACUUUUUAAGCUUCUAGAAACUCAGCUAACCCAUUUAGAGGAGCUAAAUUGGGAACAAAAGGCGCGUGACCACAUUUGCUGUUGUUUAGCCAGUGACCUCAGGGACCGGAUGUUACUGAACUUCACGCUUUCCUCACUCGUAAGCUGCAGGGGAAAAUGAUUUGUCUUCUGACCUACUGAGACAUACUGCAAAGAACAAUGCGGUGGCUGUGAAAAGUGUUCUGGGAUCCUUGGAAGAAAGGAGUGCUAUAUAAAUUCACGUUUUCAAGAAAUGAUCAAGAAAACAUCAAUAUAUAGCCAUCGAUUAGUUCACUGCUUAAUGGAUCCAGGAGCUGAAAAAGUGAAGAGAGAUGAUGACAAGAAGGUGGUUGCAGAGAUCAUGGCAAGAUGUUUUGUCCCAAGCCUAAUAACAACCACCCCCUGGGAGGAAUUUCACUUUGUCGGUCAUGAGAUUCGGAUUACUGAAGCCAUGGAUUGUUACGGUGCUGUUGUUUGGCCAUCGGCCCUUGUUCUAUGCUAUUUUCUGGAAACAAAUGCAAAGCACUAUAAUAUGGUUGACAAAAAUGUGAUUGAAAUCGGAGCUGGAACAGGGCUAGUCUCCAUCGUGGCAAGUUUACUUGGUGCACACGUGACCGCCACAGAUUUACCUGAAUUACUUGGAAACCUGCAAUAUAAUAUUUCCCGAAACACCAAAAUGAAAUGUAAGCAUUUGCCUCAGGUUAAAGAACUCUCCUGGGGUGUAGCUUUAGAUGAGAACUUCCCCAGGUCUUCCAACAAUUUUGACUAUAUCCUGGCAGCUGACGUGGUCUACGCCCACCCUUUCCUGGAAGAACUCCUCAUUACCUUUGACCAUCUGUGCAAAGAAUCUACCAUCAUCCUCUGGGUCAUGAAGUUCAGGCUGGAGAAAGAAAAUAAAUUUGUAGAUAGAUUUAAGGAGUUGUUUGACCUGGAGGAGAUUUCCAGUUUCCCUAGCCUGAAUAUUACAUUGUUUAAAGCUAUGAAGAAAAGUCGGAGGAGUGCAUGAUACCCUCAAAGGAGGGCUUCGAAAGCAAAGGGGAUUUCUAGUAGAGUGUUCCUUUAAAGAAGAUCCUGGAUGAUCUGACAAAGCACUGCCUUUCCCAAGUACCCCCUCCCACCCCCAAACUUGCCUCACCCCAGACAGGGAGUUUCCUAGAUACAGCACCUGGUUCUGGAGGGUGGUCCAGUUAUAGCGUGUAGUGAUUGAUUAGGACAAGGCCUGCUUUCCUUAUCCUUCUAUAGCACCGUUUAUUAUUAUUGUUAUCAUUCUAAUAAAUGAUACUGUUAUUUUUAAUGUA